UCCUCCCAUCCGUGUGGAGGCGCUGUAGUGUGUUUGAACGGACAGUUUCUCAUCUCGCGCAGGAACUGAGGCAUCCUUGACAACAAUCGCCGGUUGUCUGCUGUUUAUGUGUUGACGCUUUUGUUUACUUUUGAUGUUUCUCCGACCGUAACUUUUAUUCAUAUAUAUUUUAAAACAUUUAAACACGCGUUUUAAGAUCGUCUAACCACGUUUUAUAAUAAUAAGAUUCUCUCGGACGCACCGUUUGACUCCCCAUAUCAGUCAAGUUUUGUUUUGUAACGUGACAUGCAUCUGUAAAAGGAUUGUCAAGCUUAAAACAUCUACAGCGGCUCCAUGGAACCCAGUAAUGAUGUGGCGCUUGAUAUCAUCAUUACCAAUGUCGUAUCUGUCUUCAGAACCAGGUGCCAUCUAAACCUGCGUACCAUCGGCCUAGAGGGGACUAAUGUCAUCUACAAGCCUGAAGUGGGAAAAGUCCUGAUGAAGCUGCGGAAACCACGGAUCACUGCCUCUAUAUGGUCAUCAGGGAAAAUUAUUUGCACUGGAGCAACAAGUGAGGAAGAAGCCAAACUAGGUGCUCGACGGUUGGCCCGCUGCCUGCAGAAGAUUGGAUUCAAGGUGAGAUUCUCGGACUUUAAGGUUGUCAAUGUGUUGGCGGUGUGCUCCUUGCCUUUUCAAAUCCGUCUCAUUGAGUUCACUAAGAAUAACCGACCUAUUGCCAGGAACAUCCCCACAGGUGGCAAAUGAAUGUUUGGCAGACUGCCUCUAAACACAAUCCUAACUCCAUCCACACUUGGCGAUCAUUUUCUGAGAACAAAACAUUGCUUAUAUUGUGUUUUGGAUACUGAUAUUGCUAUUUACCUGUUUCAGUGUUAUGUUAUUUGCUUGUUUUUAGGUUAAUGCAAUAUAUGCUUGAGUAUAAAAAUGCUUGAAUGCUAUGGAAAGUACUUGAAAUACUUCCUUUGUUUACUUCAAGAUAGGAUGAAUAAGCAGUUGUGAAAGUUAGGUUCCUGAGUUUGAUGCUUUGUAAUCAACCAGAGGAUAACAAGAGGGUACAAAGAGGUGAAGACAGCGAGCAGCUAAUCAUCUGAUAUGUAAUGUAAAUACAUAUGAUAAUAUAUAUGAAAAAUAAAAACAUUGUAUUAAGCCUAUCUUUCUUUUUUCUACCAUUAUGUCAUGUUAAUUUGUAGUGACCUUUUCACAACAAAUAUUAUUCCAGAGAAGAUUUAUAGUUAACACAGACAGGCUUAAUUUUUUACUUUUUAAAUUUUCCACAGACCCCAUUGUGGACCCUCUGGUAACCCUCUUGCAAGCCCCUUGAGGUACCUGGACCUGUUUGAAAACCUUUGAUUUAAAUCAUUUUGGCUAGCUAUAGAGCAACGCUUGUAGGCUAUGGGAACAACAUGCUGGGUUAAAUUCCAACAUUAAUAAUCAUUCCACUGUUUUUCCAGAAUAGUAAUUGAAUCAAAACAACUCAUCCUUUUUACCUUGUUAGUUAAUGAUCUAUGGCAAAAUUAACUGCGCUCUUACAUAACUCCUGAAGGGACAUUAUGGUGUCUGGCUUUGUCAGACUCUUUUUAGAAAUUUAAUGACAUUCGUGUCUGUAGCACAAACAGUAAGAGAGAUUUUGUACUUAGGCUUAGGAGUUUACCACUAACCUUAAGUUUGAGAAAAAGUAACAGUGAUGCUCACUUAUUAUAAUAUUUUCCUCCUAAAAGUGUCAGAUCAAGGACCCAGAGUACAAAAGUGUCAAAUCAGCAGUUGCUUACCCCAUGAGAAAACACAAAUUAACUACUUAUCUAAAUAGAGACAGCCUCAAUGUUCUUGGUUUUAUUAGAUGACCUUCAGAACCCAGAUACUGAUAAAUACACUGACUGCAUCCUGCAAUACAACUGGGUCACCAUGAUCUACUGAUCUCAUAGCUGUAAAUAACCCUUCACUCUGUGUUUG